AUGGCAGGUCCUCAGGAAGCCAUAACAGAGGAUGAGAUCAACGGAAUGGAGCUUCCCAAUACAAAGGCGGGCCCCAGGAAUGCAUUCACAGAAAUCAUGUCUAAAAAGCCCAUCUAUCCAAAGUAUUCUGAAACAACAAAGCAUAGUUCGAACCAGAGCUUUCCAAACAGAAGAGAUGGUCUAGCUGCAUACACAGCCGACCCCUAUGCUUACAAGGCCGUAUUGUUCAACAAUGACAAGGCGGUCAUCAUCGAGGAUAUGUUUCCAAAGUCAUCAAUUCAUCUGCUCGUUCUCCCAAAGUCCGAGCGCAAGGUGCUACAUCCAUUCGAUGCAUUCGAGGAUCCCAAGCUCCUCGCGAAUAUCAAGGUCGAAGUCGAAAGAGCCAAGAAGAUGGUGGCGAGCGAGCUGCGACGGAAGUACGGACAGUUUUCAAAGUCAGAACAACCACGUAUCGCGGCCAGAGAUGCAGACGACGCGCCGGAUGACCUUCCAGAAGGUCGUGAUUGGAUGAAGGAGAUCAUCACUGGUGUCCAUGCAGUACCGUCCAUGAACCACGUUCACGUUCAUGUGCUUUCAAGAGACAUGGUGAAUGAAUGCCUCAAGAGAAGCGCGCAUUAUAACAGCUUUACCACAUCCUUCUUGGUUCCGUUGGAGAAGUUUCCCUUGGCAAAGGAUGACCCUGUUCGAGAGAUUGGAUAUGGACCCUGGCAUGCUGUCGAUCUAAUCUGUUGGCGAUGCAAACAGAACUUUGGUAACAAGAUGUCCAAGUUCAAGGUGCACCUGGCGGAGGAGCACGACAAGUGGAAGAGGGAGUAG